CGGCGUUGAUGCAAUAUUUCAGCUGUCGCUCUCGAUGAGCUCCGACAAACAUGAUAGUGCGUUUGACUCACUGGAAUUCUCUCAUCUACAUCAACGCAUCUCAGCUUCAUUUACGCCGGUGCCAUUGAGCUUUUUUUGAGUUUUGUGACGUGACUCACCCAGCGUCGUAUCUCUGGUGAGCUUAUAAUAAGACCAUCGCCAGAACGUACAUUUUUCCUUAGCCAAGCCACUCACUAGAGAGUUUUUUUUUCCUCUCAUACUCGCUCAACACAUCACAAAAGAAAAAAAACACCACACAUCAUAAACGACUGCGCAAAAUGCCUUCCAGAGACGAGAUUGUUUACUUUGGUGCUGGGCCAGCACUUCUGCCCACCUCUGUACUAGAGACCGCUGCCCAGUCGUUGGUAAACUUCAACGGAACUGGACUUGGAAUUGCUGAGCACUCGCAUCGCUCCCAGAUCGCCAGUACCAUCAUCAACGAGGCCAAGGCAGAUCUCGCCUCUUUCCUAGACAUCCCCGACGACUACGAGAUCUGCUUCCUCCAGGGUGGUGGAACCGGCGAAUUUGCCGCUACGGCCUACAACCUGGUCGGCUCAUGGAUCACCAACAAGCGCCGUGAGAUCUUCAGCCAGAUCAAGGACAACGAGGACCAGGGCACCCCAGAGGAAUUCCAGAAGCUCCAGGCAGCAGUGGACAACGACCUGAAGCUCGACUACAUCGUCACCGGAGGAUGGUCGCAGAAGGCAGCUGCCGAGGCGGCGAGGCUGUUUGGAAAGGACAAGGUCAACGUCGUUGCCAACGCCAAGCAGAGCAACGGUGGUAAAUUCGGAACCAUCCCUGACGAGAGCACCUGGAAGCUCUCCAAAGACGCGGCCCUUGUGUACUUCUGCUCCAACGAGACCGUCGACGGCGUGGAAUUCCAAGAGUUCCCUCAGAGCCUGGCUCCCGGCCCUGACGGCAAGGGCCCCAUUGUCGUGGCCGACAUGAGCUCAAACAUUCUGUCGCGAAAGCUUGACGUGAAGAAGUACUCUCUCAUCUUCUUCGGCGCACAAAAGAACCUUGGAUCCACCGGCAUCACCGUCGUCGUCAUUAAGAAGAGCCUCCUCGCGCCGCAAACCCCACAGCCUUCGGCGGAGAUCAUGAGACGUCUUAGCCUUCCUAUCCCUCCCAUCUUCCUGCAAUACGACACCGUUGCUAGCAACAACAGCUUGUACAACACACUCAGCAUUUUCGACGUUUACAUCGCUGGCCAAGUCCUCAAGAAGCUUCUGGCUACGUAUCCCGACAAGGCCAGCGGCCAAGAAGCCGUCUCCAUCCAAAAGGCAAAGCUCAUCUACGACGCCCUGGAUGCUCACCCCAGUGUAUACCGCGUAGUGCCGGACAAGUCCGUCCGCUCCAGGAUGAACAUCUGCUUCAGAGUCUCAAAGGGUGACAAUGUCGACGCCGCUGAAGCGAACUUCUUGAAGCAGGCCACAGCUUUGGGCCUCACUGGACUCAAGGGCCACCGCAGUGUUGGAGGUAUUCGCGCCAGCUCGUAUAAUUCUAUCCCUCUGGAGGGAGCUCAGAAGCUGGCCAAGUUCAUUGUGGAUUUUGCAAACGCUGCGUAAAGUUGCGUCCUGGAACUAGGAUGAAUGGAGGGAUUUGGCGUUUUCACAACAUGUAUGCAUCAUACACUUGCAUGUAUGUCAGGUAUAUGGAUGUAUUUGGGUUAACUGGGGAACAUGAUAGUGUCGCAUUCAACAUAUCCGGCUCUAUGACGGUGGAUAUGUAACGAGGAUGAAAAAAAGUACAGCGAAACUCGAGCGUGUUUGGAAGGCCGCCAUCGAGAUAAAUACAUGGGCGCAUACUUAAAGGCGUCCUCUGCAAAUAAAUAAAUAUUCUAGGCUUUAACACUUAAUCAGCUGCCUCAAACUCUAACUUAUUUGACUCUGCA